UAUUAGUUAAUUAUUUACAAAAAAUGACUUUUAUAGAAAAUACUUAAAAUUUAAAGCAGUUAAUAAUAAAAUGUCGAUUCGAAGUGUUAAAAAUAGUAAUGCUGAGACUAAUUUAGCAGGUUUAUUGGCUAAUUUGAAGAAGGCUUGUGGUUUAUGGUUCCUUAAUGAGCAAUCUGCGAACGAAAAACUGAAAUGUGAAAAGUUUCGCUUUUCCUCUUAUGAAAACAUAAUAACAACAACUGUAGAGAUACUACGUCAUGGAUUGUGCAUUAAGCUGGAAGAUACCAUGACGGAUAAUAUUCCUAUUGGAAGUAUUUUGCAUAACGGUGCGGAAGGUUUUAUAAAGCUUGUGGAUGAUUUUGAAUGGGUUUGCAGAUUGGCGCAAAUACGCGAUUCAUGCGCAACUGAUUUCUCAAAAAAACCCUCUCCUGAUGAGUAUAUAACUGAAACAAAUUUUACAUCAACUGCAGGUGUUGACAAAGAACACUAUGCUAUUGAAUCUUUUCUUCGCUCUUGGGUACAACGUAAUCUACAGUCAAAAUAUUUAAGCGUUUGUCUGCAAGUGUUAGUUGAAGAAAAAGAGUUGAUCAAUGCAUAUUAUAGCGAAAAUUCAUUUCUAAGAAAUGAGGCGUAUUCAACCUCGCUUUUCAUAUGUUUAUCCGCUGUAGAAUUGAAUCAACACAGUCUACUAAGCCAAAUAGAUCCCAAACUAUAUAAUCCAAGGCCAAUCAUUGGAGAAUUUCCUGCCAACUCUGGUAAUAAGCACAGACGCACUACAUCACAUCCAAUAUUUUCGAUUUGUCCUUCCACAAAUUCAACUGCUAACAAGACUGACGAAAAAUGUCUCGAAAAUAAACUGGAAAACAAAAGGGCAAAGGAUAACAUCAGUGAAUUGACUAGAACACAAAAGCUUUCAACGAAUUCCAUUCCUAAUCUUCAAUUUACAUUUCGUAAAACUAAAAGUCUUCCAGCAUUACAAUAUAAGCCUUAUGUAUCAUUUGAAUUAUUUUUCAAUGAGAGACAAAGACCACGAUCAAAGACGGUGGCUAUUACGUCGAACCAUUCACUCCAAAAGGAUAUAGCACCGUCAUUAACAACGUCGAAUACGCCUACUUUGGAAUCAGAUAAAGCCAUCACACCAAAAUCAAGUGACGGGAGUAGUACGUACUAUUCCGAUUUCAAUGCUAAUAGUCAUACAACAACCACAUCAGGUUCAACCUUCACUGACCGCGAUAGUGUUGACCUGGAACCUACGUCUGCGUUUCCCCAGAACCCUGCGAAACUACAGGCAACCAGCGCGUCUUCCAUUGCAUCAUCAAGUACAACAAUGGCUCAUCGCAUUGAAUUAAUCAAAUGUGAUGAUAUCAAAAUUUGGACUGAUCAAGCCUACGAACGAGCUCAAAAGGACACAGAAGUGCCAAUAACUCACCCUUGUACCAUACCUAAAAAUUUGGAACCCUUGAAACAGAAAGCGAAAAGUGCUAGCCCUAUUGGCAGUUUUUUAUGCAAUCUGUUCAGCACGCCCCCAACAUAUACGCAUUGGUCGAUUAGUCAUCAAGACGAUAAGAGCUAUGCUGACGAUACUGCUGUCGCCGCCGCUGCUACAGCUUUUCCCUGUAAUAUAAAACAACACGAAGAUAUUCCGACGAUUUCUACUGGUGGUGUUUUCGAUGCCUUCAUGCCUGUGUGUGGGAAAAAGUUACGUUCACGUCACUCUCAGUGCCUCUUUGAAGAUGGCAUUAGUACGCUCGAUUAUAAAACUUCAGCUAAUGAUUCUUCCAGUGUAAUAACAGGCGAAAAUGGUGCGAAAUUACUUGAAACACCUAAAUCACUGCCAAAAUCUCAACAAAGUCUAACUGAUUUUUUACAAACAUCACAAAUGUCAAGGAAUAAUACCGAUUUGGAAAAGGAGAAUGCGCAUUUCCUUGUGUCCGAAGCGAUAAUCUCGGCAAUCGAACACAUAAAAUGGGAUAAAAGCACCGAGCCAGAUAAGAAAUGGCGACGUUACAAAAGAAAAGAAGCAAGUCAAUCCACAACAGCCAUAACAGCCACAGAUUGCUUGGCAACUGAUAGCGCACACAGCAGUAAACCAGUUUCAGAGUAUACCCGAGAAGAUGAGGCCAGCGAACACAUUCCCUACGCUGAAUUAGAAGAAAAUUGCCUUGAUUCUCUAUCCGCUGAAGUUGUUGGUCUAUCAUUAAUUUCAAAAUUCAACGAUAAACAUCUACCGAAAGUAUCGGAGCUUAAAUGGUUGGUUUCUGAAGAGGAUACUCCACAACAACUUUUGCCUAUGCCAGAUAAUAGUCCUACAUCGAAUCCGGACGAAAAUGUCAUACGGCCUAUUACACGCGGAACGCGAUAUUGGGCGCCACCACGCCAACAAAUCAUCUUCACCGACCAUCCGCUGACAAGCCGCAAGGAAAUGAUACAAAAGCAGAAUAAUCGUUGUGCCGGCUGUGGUAUGAGAGUUUCACGCCAAUAUAUUAAUAGCUUUCGUUAUUGUACGUACCUUGGUAAAUAUCUUUGCACCGGUUGUCAUCGCAAUCAAAUGUCUCCAAUUCCAGCGAAAAUUUUACAAUCUUGGGAUUUCAAGUGUUAUUCUGUUAGCGUAUUCGCCUAUCGUUUGUUGGAUCAAAUGUAUACCUAUCCGUUAUUUUAUGUACCAGACUUGAAUCCAGUGCUUUAUAUAGAAAACAAAUCACUCUUAUUAGCUCGUAAAAAACGCCAGCACCUGAAAUUCGUGAGAGAUUUUGUAAAAACUUGUCGAUUUGCAGUGAGAGAGCAAGUGUACUUCGAUGGCAUACCAGAGCAUAUUGCCAGCGAUCCUGAUGUUUGGUCACUUUCAGAUUUCAUUGAUGCGAAUAACAAAAGCAUGCAGCAUUCCAUUGAUCAGCUCAUCGAAAAAUGCGAACAGCACAUCUUUAGUUGCGUGCUCUGCACUGCACGUGGUUUCGUUUGUGAAUAUUGUCAAAAGGAUCAGGUUAUUUAUCCGUGGCAACAAAAGGUAUUUCGUUGUGACCGGUGCGGUGUAUGCUUUCAUAUGAGCUGUUGGAAGUUAAUGUUCAACACAUGCUGUAGAUGCCAGAGAAUUAGCAAGCGACAAGAAGUUGCGAUUGCCUGAGUAGCAAUGCAAGUACUUCCUGCUGCUGUGAGUUCCAUUAUGUACCUUACCUCGAAUUUGUGUGCAACGACGUUUAAAAGAAUGUUGAGGAGAAUACUACAUAUAUAUAUAUAUAUAUAUAUGUACAUAUAUAUUAUAUUUAGUAGAGUUUUCGUUUAAUGUAUUACUCAAGCUAAUAGAAAAAUUAGUAAUUUACAUAUUUAUACAACUUUCGUUUUCGUUGUGUUCCACUACAAUAUCACUACUGUAAAGACGUUUCACUAAUGUUUUUUUUGCAGACAUACAAACCAAACGAAUUUUUUCCCCAAUUCAAGAAAACGAAGUCGAAGCAUUAAUAUUAGUCAACUUUUUUUGUUUUAAUCCUUAGGAAUUAUUUAGUGUUAACAUUAUGUAUUUAAAUCUUUGCUUGGUUUUAGUUUUUUUUUUUUAGUUUUUUUUUUUUUUUUUUGCUGCAACAAAGCA